AUGGACUUCUCUGUGCUCAACAAGGGUGUGCCUUCUCGCUCCGUAUCUGAGAUCCAGUCUGUGGUGGAGUGUCUUCAGAACAAAGUAAUCUCUAGUGCCAGCCUCCAGAUGAAAAUGCAGAUGUUGGCAGAGAAGAAGGCGGAAGCGCCCAUCGACAAGUGGUCCCGCUUGGCCUUCGCUGUGAGCAGAAGCCACGAUGACACCAUUUCCGCCGCUUUCUCUCAGAUGUUGACUGUAGCGUCCACAGAACCUCGCAGCCUCCAGCUUCACACGUCUUUGCACAGUGAUCAUCAACUUGUUGGCCGUACUGUCCCUUUAAGAUCCAUGCCUGUACCUGUCAGAGCCCAGGUGGUGGUCAAGAAUCCACCAGCAACCGUGUCUGCAGCCGAAAGUCUAAAGCCGGUUCCGCCCAUAGCGACCACAUCCUCUUGCCAACAGACAGUCCAGGAGCCAAGAAGCCCCACCCACACCGCCAACACUCAUCCUGUGGUUUCACCUGCUUCUGUUGCAAGUCCCAGCCCUUCCCAGGCUCGCUCUCCGGGUUCUUCUCCUACCACAAGUGCCUCACUCUCACAGCACGCCAAUGCUUCUGUGGUAAACACCGGCAAGAACGUCGCCGAAAACAAUCCCAGGGAGCUGGGUGUUCAGGGUGUGGUGGACUUUGAGAGAAUCUACAACUACUUGAGCGCCGUCCACAAGCCGGAUAACAAGUAUGAGCUCACGGCCAUGGAGAGCGCCAUCGUCUUGGACCUUCUGAUGUCCCUCCCGGAGGAACUCCUCCGUUUGAACUGCAACAAACUGCAACGUCACCUCAUCCAGGAAUACCAGACCCUCUCACAAUCUGCCGACUCAAACACGGCCAAAGACAUUUUGCAACAACUAAAGACGGAGCAGACGGAGCCUCGGCAGGACACCAGCGGGACUUCGAGCACAAAUGAUGUCAAAUCAGGUGACAGCGGCCGAAUGAAAGACCCGAAGCCGAUUGGACGCUGCCCUCCCCUCAACCCUUUCAUGGUUCCACUGGACUUGUUAAAGCGCAUGUAG